CAAAUAUUGAUAAUUUUUAUUGAUUUAAAUUUAAUUAUAUAGAUGAUGAUCUUGAAAUUUCUAACGAUUUAAAGUGAACAGUUAUAAAAUCUCUAAUUUACUUGGAUAACAAAUAAUUUUAUUUGAAUAAAAUAUGUCCAUUAAUGUUACUGUUAAUGGAAAUCGUUUAAAUAUACAUAGAGGAAGAAUGGUAUUAUCUGAUUUAGAUCAAAUUAAGAAAAAUGAACGAGAUCGACGGCGAAGGUUACGUUUGGAACAGGUACGACAACAAUCAAAAGAAAUAUCAGAUAGACUUUUGAAACGUACAAAAUGCAUAGCUAAGGAAGAACUUAAAAAGCUUGAAAAUAAUGACAAGUUAAGUUUGAAGCAAAUAUAUAAUGGAAAAAUCAUGGAAGUUCAACAAAAAUAUCAAGAAGACAUGGCAGAUAUUGGUCAAGCACAUACAUCUGCUGCAUUAGAACCUGAUUAUGAUGCAUUAAUUAAAGAAAAACAAAGGAAAAAUAAAAUAGCAGCAUUAAAAAGAGGAAAAGAAGCAAGAAAGCAAAUUAAAAAUACUCAACAGAAGGAGACUAUGCAACAGCAACAUCAUGAACGAUUACAACAUGUAAGAGAGGUAGAAAAUCUCAGAUCUAAAAUGAUAGCAAACAUUUGUAAGAAAACAGGGUCUGAAGAGGAUACUGUAUGUGUUACUGUUCAGAAUAAAACUGAUGAAGAAAAUAAACAGCAGAAACUUGCCAAAAAAAAGACAAAAAAAUUUUCUAAAAAAUUACCUGAGAAUGUUGCAGAAACUCAUAUAAAAAUUGUAGGAAAUGAUUUUAAAACACAUUCUCCAAUUUUGAAGCCAAAAAUAAGAACAUCAGAAAUAAUUUCAGAAAAUGAUUCUGUAGUUCUACAACAACAAUCUAUUCUUAAUUCGAUUACAGAACUAUCAUCUAAACAAUAUGUAAUUGAAUCUGAUAAUAAAAAUUUUGAGAAAGAAAAUAUUCUGACAAAAGUAGAUAAAACAAGAUAUAAUCCGGAUGAUUACAUACAAACAACUUCAGAGUCUAUUACUAGUGACAGUUCCAGUUCGUUUAGUGAUGAUUCAUCAUAUUUUUCUGAUAGUGGUGAACAAAAUAUAAGUAAAGAAAUAAAAACAACAAAAUAUAUAAAAUGUCCAGCUAAUGAUAAAGUACAAUUAUAUGAUCAUAAUAAACGUUUUAAUAAUGUAUAUGAUCAACCAGUUGGUGUUGUUGAAAAAAUAUCUACAUGGAAUGAGCCAAGUGCAAUGGAUUUGGCUCAAGAAAUAGAACAAGCACAAACUGUUCAGCAAAAUUUAUUAGAAAAUCGUAAACAUAAUGCGAAAAAACGCGGAGAAAAUGCAGCAUUAAGAGAAAAAAUACGUCGGGAUUAUCAGAUACUUAUGCAAAAUCUAGAUCAACUUGCAGGUGAAGAACGUAAAUUAAAAGCUAGUCAAAUCGAACAUUAUCCGAAAGAUGUAUAUAUACAAGAAGAACGAAGAAAACUUUUAAGAAACCAACAUAAAAAAAAUCUAAAUCGUGCAUUAAAAACAUUAUUAAGUGAAGAAUCUUUAAAUGAAGAACAAUGUAUAUCACAUCCUCUAGAAAGGCAAAUUACACUUACACCAAGAAAAUAUGAAAAAAAUAUAGAUGAUUAUACUGAUUGGAAAGAGUCUUGUUGCUUUAAUCAACAUACAAAAACCAGCAAAAUUUUACAAAAUAAAUGUAAAGAGAGUGAAACUUCACGCGAAGAACAAAUAUUAGAUAUGUUAAAAAAAGUUGAAAAACAAAAACGAUUAUUAUUACAAGAAUUUGGAGCAAAUUUACCAAACGAUAUUUUUAAUGCGUCUAUAAAAAGUUUGUUCGAAAAAGAUAAAUCAGUUCAAACUCAAUUACCUGUUCAAGAUGUAUGUAUUCAAAAAUCUUUAUCGCCAGAAAUCAAAGUAAUAAAUGCAUCUUAUGAUGAAGAUAUUAAAGAUAAAACUGAAGAAAAAAAAGAAUUAUCUGUGAAAAAAGUAGAAAUUGCUGUACAAACAGCAACAAUAGAUAGAGAUAAUAUAGUUCAAGAUAAAAGCACACAAGUACAAUUGAUAUCACAAAAAGAAAAUGAAUCUGUUUUUGUUAAUGAUGAAAUUAAGACGAUUACAAAACAUUAUCCAAUUGAACCACGAAUUACAAUUAUUAGACAUGAAAUGGACAGUAAUAAUUCAACAAGUUCUGAGACAAUAAAUGCAGUUACUGAUGUUGAUGAAAGUAAUAAUCAAAGUCCGAAAGUAAUAUUGAAAAAGAAAAAAUUUAAUACAAAGAUAUUAAAGCAAACUCCACCAAAAAUGUUUCAUAAAUCAUGCUCAACUCGUACAAAUAAAACUUCGUCUCCUGUAAAGAAAUAUUCAAAAUUUUUGUCAAGAUCACAGUAUAGCAGUCAAAGAAAAAGUUUAUGUACAGAAGACAUGCCUAAUAAAAAAAUUAAAAUGUAUGUAGAUAAAAAUGGAUUUAAUAUUAAAGUAAAGCCACCUCAAAUUACAGACAUUACUGUAGAUGUAAAUUCGCAAAGUACUCAAGUUUAUUCAACAAAGUCUAAAGAAGAAGCUGUGAGUAAACAACAAUGGGUUCAAUCCACAUCGAAAAGAAUUAAAAUGAAAGAUAUUUCGGAUACAUCAACAUCUUUUGCUAGUCUACCAUCAGUAAAACCCAAAGAAAUAUUCGAAGCUUUACAUAAUAAUAUUUCUAUUCUUGAAAUGUUAGAUUCUUCAGCAAAUGAAAGUAUAAGACGUUUAAGAAAAGAUAUUAGUCCAGUAUCAACACCAGAUACCCCAUCACCUCGUACUAUGAUGAUGCCUUCAAAUAUACCUCACUUAGAUAGAAUUAAAAAAUUGCUUAAAUAUUCUACAGAUUCUCAAACGAAUAAUAAUGAUACAUUUUCUAAAAACGAUAAUUCAACAUCAAUAGAUUCAUCUGAAUAUCAGCAAAAUGAUUGUUUAUCAUCAAAAAAUAAUGAUGUAGAUUUGAAAAUUCCAAUUUCACUAGAAUUUUGUUUAUGUGAUAAUUCAGAAUGUAAACAAACGCAUGCUAAAUUCGAUGAAAUUCGUAAUUAUGCAUUAAAAAAUUGCCCUCAAAUAUUACAAAAGUAUGAAGAUCUUCAAACUACAUGUGCAGAAAGAAUAAUUUCUUUAACGAAUCUUAUUGAAAAAGUUCGAAAUGAGCAAAAAGGUAUGGAACUUUUUUCUUUAAUUGAUCCAAGUGAUGAAACGAGUUUGAUGCAAUUACCUGAUCCUCAACCAAUGACUAAUGAUUUACAAAAUGUGCAUAGACUUGUAGAAAAUAUAGAAGCAAUUCAUGAUCAACUUGUAAAAACACUGAUUGAAUCUCAAAAGAUUAUUAAAAGUAAGAUCAUCAAAGAGGAAAUUGAUCAAAUAAAAGAAAUAGGAAUAGUAUCUUGUGAUGAUAAUGCAAAAGAUAAAAAAGAACUAGAAGAAAUCAAAAUUAAGCCAAAAAUUCUAAGUGACGAAAAAGUGAACAUUCAAUUGAAUAGAUUUAAAAUACAAAAAUCAACAUUCCAAGCAUCAACAUCGACACCAAAACAUAACACUUGGCUUACACCAAAACAAUAUGAAGAAGAAAUGAUAGAAAAAUUAUCAAAAGAAAUUUUAGAACAAAGCAAAGGAUUCAAUGAUAAUGUGAUAUCACAGAAAGAAAUUUAUGAUUCAGCUUUGAAACAUUCUAUUCAAACUUCAACAGAUAAUGAUGAUUUUAAAAAUGAGACACAAAAAAAUCAUACAAUUAUAAAAAAACAUUUUAAUAAAGAGGUAAAAAAUAUUAAAGAAUUUAUACCAUUACUUAAUGAUAUUCCGAAAACAUCGAAAACUACAGAUAAUAUGCAUAUUAAUGGAAGAAGUAAACCACCAGUGAGUUUGCUUAGUGGACCAUAUAGAACUGAAAUUGAAUCAUCUGGGCAUGAAUUAUCAACAAUAAUUGAAUUUGAUACACCAGAUACUGUAAAUAAAAGCCAAAACAAUAUCAGAAGUCCAUUGUCAGCGAAAAAGAUUGCAGAAACUCAAAUAACAAAAUCUACUGCUGUAGUAAAGCCAUCGGAACACAUUAAUACAUCGCAUAAUUUAGAUAAUCAACAUUCAGAAAAGUUGCGUAAUUCUAUUAAAAAGCUAUCUUCAAUAGUAUUUACACAAAAUUUAAAAGAAGCUUCAAUAUUUCUUGAUUCACCUAAAUCAUCUAAAAAUAUAGGAAACCAACACUUAAUGGAAAAUAAAGAACAAAAAAAUAUUAUUCAGAAGAAUGAUAAAAAGUUCCAAUGUGAUACAGUGAAACAAGAAUCAUUACAAACAAAAGAAUUGCAGUCUUUUCAUUCUAAUAGUAAUGAUCAAAAUAAAGAAUGUAAAGAUAAUAAAAAUAAAAUAACGUCUACAAGUUCAAAUAGUUUUUCUGAAUUAUCAGGAGUUUCGCAAAUAGCAAGUACCCCUUCUUCUACUAUAUUAAAAUACGCAUCAUCUCCAGAAGAAAUGGAAAUUGCUCUUAAAAAACUUGGUCUAGGUUGGGCGAUUACAACGUUAAAAAAAACACGAGAAGCGAGUGCUUUAAGUUCAUCAUCCAAUUCUGACGUAACUCCGAUAAAUACUGCCAAAAGAAUGAUAUCACCUGUUAAAAAGCAAUUUGAAAGUAAUUACGGAUUACCAGAUUUCAGUGACAUGUCUUCAAUAUCUAUUAAAGAAGCUAGCAAAAGUACAGAGAAAGCAGUUCUUUUAAAAGGUAGAACUUCUACACCAAAAUUACAAAAUUCGAAUUCUAAUAGUGAAGGAACGAAUACAAGUAAUACAAAUAUUUCUGAAAAUUUUCAAGAACCUGAUGAUGGUUUGAUAAUUCCUAAUAUAUCACUUACAAAAACGAAAUCUACUAUUAAAAAGUUGGAAAAUCUAUGAUAUAUUUUUAUAUUAUUACUUAAAUAAUUUUUUUUAUAAAUACUUAAAAAUAUAUAUAAUAAAUCAACAAAAAAUUAUUUUAAAUAAACAAUUAGUAUUUUUAUUA